AUGACUACAACGAAAAAGAGAAUAAGCCGGCAUACAAGAAGUUUAUCUGAAGCUAUUGGUGAAGUGUUUACACGGGCAUCAAAGGCUUAUGAGAUGAGUAUUAAUGAGCUUACAAUUGCCCAGAAGGAACUCCAUGAUCUACGGGCUGCACAUGAGAAGGAGAAGCAAAAACGUCAAAAAUCUAAAAAGCAAAUAUCCCAUGAUCAAGGAAUUACCAGAGAGGAAGCUCAGGCACUUUUACAAGGUCAGAUUGAGGCAUCUCAAGCUGUUACCACUGCUCCGGCCGAGCCUGAGCUCCCAGUCUCUCAUCCACCAAAAUUGAGAUUUGAAUUCAAUAUUGCGUACGCGUUCGGAGAGAAACUGUCGGCUCGCUUACCGAUUACGUUAUCCUAUUUUCGAUGA